AUGACGGACAAAAGAGCCGAAAUUCGAGCGAAAAUAAACGAGUUACUCAACGCCAAAGGCGAGCGGGAGAAGAUUCGCCAGUUAAUAGAGGAGAAACUGAUCGAAUCGGGCUGGAACGACCGCGUGAAAGGUGCCUGCAGGGAGUUUAUCCGCAGCAAGGGCGUGGACAACGUCAACAUAGACGACGUCAUCGCUGCGGUCGCCCCCUCUGCCCGGGGAACGGUCCCACCAGAGGUCAAGGCCGUGGUGCUCGACCACCUGCGCAAGUUCCUCGACAAGAACGGCGUCGACGUCGAGUAG